GGGGUUGAAUGUGAAUAAUUGAGAGACUUGAAUUAUGUUUGUUCCGUGUGUGAGUGAAGAAGAGCUGAUUUUCGAGGGAUAUUCUUUAAUUUUGCCAGCAAUUUCCAUUGGCAAUGUUGGACAACUUGCAGUCGAUCUGCUGAUAUACAAUGUUGAGUUAAAAAAAGUUGGUUAUCUCUAUGACAGCAGCAUAUUGCCAGUUGCUGGUAAUAAUCCAUUUGCAUCACCUAAAAUCCAAGAGGGAAACCUGGUAACAAGUGCUGAAGUUUACAAAUGCGACGAAAAGAAACUAGUGGUUGUACAAUUAAGAGCACCUCUUGCGAAGGGAUGCAGACAAAUCUUUUGCGACCAUAUUGUGGAGUGGAUUAAGAAAUGUUGCUUAAAACAAACUAUUUUGUUAACAAGUUGUAUUGCUAGCCAAAGAGUGGACUCACAAAUCCAGAGCGGUCCCUUCCGAUAUCUGCUCAACCCUGUCACCCAACAUCUGAACGAGACAUUCCAACAGGAAUUCGGGUGGAGGUCCCUGGAGGAACGAAAUGAUAACGUUAAGGGUGGGAGCACUGAAUCGUUCCUACCUGGUGGAGGAGUAUCGAAACGAUUUUAUCAAACAUGUUGUAAGGAAAAUAUACCCUUGGUUACUAUGCUCGUGUUCUGUUCUGAAGGAGACAAUAUCCCUGACGCGAUGAUUCUUAUGUAUUUCGUCAAUACCUGGUUAAAAAUUGUCGAAAAGAACGGUAAUGUUGAUAAUUCACUCAGAUCUAAAGUUGAAUGGCGACAACCUCCAUCAUGGGACAACCUGUUUGGAACGUCUAGUUUUUCAUCAAUAUUUUAAAAGGAUUGAGAAGAAACUUCUAAAUAGACUAGCUAGAAAACCAACAGAGCACGUUUUGACAUCAGCCUCUAGCCAUGAAACCUUGAAUGGAUUUCUCUUCAAUGAUUUCUAUUGUUAGAAUAGAAAUUAUUAUGAUUCAUGCUCCACCACGGUCAUGAAUGACAGUAUAUUUUUCACUUAGCGAGAGGUCCGUAUAGAAGGAUUCUGUAUGAAUUUGUGCUGGGAUUGCCUUGCUCUUUAAGUAAAACAAUUUCCCCUGAGCAACGGUACGAAGUACCUGUGGUGGGGUGCUUGUCUCCCCGGAUAUUUACAUCCGCAACGCUGCAAAGCUAAUUAGCCUUUCUCAUAAUGACGAAUAUACCUGCUGCCAUUUUGGGGGGUAAUUUUUUCUAAAAACCAUUAGCGUAAGACGCUGUCUUUAAAUUUAGGCCAAAUUUGCUAAUUCUUGCCAAUAGUUAAAUUUGUCGCGGCCAUCCGGUUUUAAAAUUACCCUUGAAAUCGCCCAUCGUAUUGGCUGCUUCUGAGUACAAAGUUUUAAAUUGGCAUAUUAAAGGCAUCCAGCUUGCGAAGCUGUGCAUACAUUGAUCGCGAACUUGGCGGAGCUUUGCCGCAUGGAGUAGCUAAGUUUGGGUUUUGACAUUCGAAGUCAACUAUGCGUAUGGUUUUCGAUCUUUCGUACUUUGGCGCGCUUGGUCUUUUUAUCUGUCAUUUGGUAAGUGUAAUGUUUAUGAAACAAAUACGACUGGCUCGUUGGUAGUUUCAUCAUAGUGUGAUAAUGCAUCACUAGGGUUGGGAUAACGCAUCACUUGUUAAAAUACAAGAAAACCGCGCAAAACACGAGGCAAAUCCACGCAUCUCGAGCGUUCUAACAACAUUUCCCGAAAACAUUAGAGCUCGACGAACUCGUUUGUAUAAUGUAAAAAGAACGUUACAAGAGUGGCAAUUUCUUUGAACAUAUCAAUGUUGAAAUUCUCCUUACAUGUAAUUGAUGGCGUUUGCCUAGCAACAAGCAAACAGCAGUAUUUUUGUUUUUUACGUCACAUAAGGUGUUCAUAAGUUUAUAAACCGUUUUUCAGUGUAAGGGCCGACACACCGGACGCGAUUUGCCCACGCGACGAUUUUUAAGAAUAUUUCAGUUUUUAAAAUAUGCUAAUUUUGACAGUGUUGUGAUAUUCUUGCUAUGGACUGAAGUGUGGUACAUUUCGACUUUUCAGCAACCCAUAUCUCUCAAAAUGUUCUUUCGAAUUUAAUUUAGUAGCUUCUGAAAUGGAAAUUUCGCGUCGCGUAAAUCGCGUCCAAUGUGUGGGCCUUUAGAUAUGAAAUUAUAUAUGUAAAUAUCUGUUGUUAUCGGGCAUCAGUUCAAUCGUUUGAUAUGGAUCGAUUCUCCUAUCUUACACAGUACAGUCCGCACAUCUGACGGGAUAUUCUAUCUUUAAUAAAUCAUCCUUUUUUCCACUUUGAAUUUACGGAUGUUCCAAGUCUUAUAAAGUUAUUUUCAAGGUUUCUUAAUAAUGCACAUAUUAGCUUGACUGACGCCAUUUUGUCGCCAAUUUCUUUGACAUUUUCAUUAAUUCCCAAAACAAUAUCACGUCUCUUCAGCUCAGUGCAAACUCGCUUUGGGAGAAUUUGAUUAACACAAUUAUUUUAUAGCUAAAAAGUUUAUACUUGUAAUUGGAUAAACAAAUUUUUAUUAUUUAGUAAAAAAGGUCGAUGUGUAUUUUGCAUGGGCAAAGAUGGGCCAUAUAAUAAUCGAUGAUUGUCUGUAUAUUAAUAGUUCGCUUGACUCCGAUUGUGAGGUAAUUUAGAUGCAUUUCUCAUGCAAUAAGGUUUUCACUGAUAAUGCAAUAAAAUUUUUGGUCUCCCUGUGAGGGACGCCUAUGAAAAGGUACUUGCAUAUCAUUUUACGACAUUCAAUGUCAAGUUAACACGACUUUGUUUGAUAAUAUUGCAUGCGUUAAGCGUCAUUCUUGAAAAAUGUAUUUAUAAUAUAACAUUUAUAGUACGCGC